AUGAAGGUCACGUCUGCUUUGAUGCUACUGCCCGCGGUGGCGAGCGCCGCCCACUUCCGUAAGGAUCAGUAUGAUUCCGGAGAGUCUCAAUGGGACGCUCUUGAAGCUGCUGGCGCUCUCAACUCCAGCCAGUGGCCUUCAUGGGCAACCUGGGACAAGCUCGACCCCAAGAUCAAGGAGGACAAGCUUGCGUGCGGCAAGUGUGGCACCGCUGUCGCUGAGAAGGGCAACCCUAUGCAGACGUUCCGCUGCAAGAACAUGGACCUGUACGACUUCCUCAACCACAACGACAUGGGCGGUGGCGAGGCCGACCCGAGGUUCCCCAACCGACGUGGUUCCUCCAUUUGGGGCUGGGUUGCCCCCGACGGCCGCCAGAUUGCCCUCAUCGGCCAGCACACCGGAACUGCUUUUGUCGAGGUCUCUGACAAGGGAAAGCUGACCUACCUCGGCCGUCUGCCCUCGCAGGACCCUAUCGGCUCCUCGUGGCGCGAGAUCCGUGUGCUGAAGGACUUCGCCAUCAUUGGCUCUGAGGCGGUUGGCCACAACAUCCAGAUUUUUGACCUCAAGAAGGUCGCUGCCAUCGACCCGGCAAAGCCCAUCAAGUUUGACCCUAAGACCGACCUUGUCGGCCUGUUCGACGACCUCCCCAUCGGUCGUGCUCACAACGUUGUCAUCGAUUGGGACAACGAGUAUGCCAUCGCCGUCGGUGCCCAGCCUCGUAACCAGACCUGUGCGGCUGGUCUAGAGUACAUCGAUCUUUCCGAUCCCGCCAACCCGACCAAGCCCGGUUGCGCCAGCUCUGACGGCUACACUCACGACGCUCAGUGCGUGACCUACAACGGCCCCGACACUCGCUUCAAGGGCCGCAACAUUUGCGUCGCCUACAAUGAGGACAGCGUCACCAUCUGGGACUCGACCGACAAGGCCAACUCGGAGAUGCUUGGCCGCUUGGCGUACCCUGGCGCCACCUACACCCACCAGGGUUGGUGGACGGAGCGCAACUGGCACCAGUUUGUGCUCUUCAACGACGAGCUUGACGAGUUCGAGGGCGUCGGUGAGGCUGCCGACGGCAUUCCCAUCACCCACAUUGCCGACCUAAGUGACCUCCGCAACCCCAAGUACACCGGCUUCUUCAAGAACACCGAUCACGUUGGUAUUGACCACAACCUCUACAUCGAGGAUGGCAUCAUGUUCCAGUCAAACUACGGCGCCGGUGUCUGGGUCACCGAUGUCAGCUCCAUCUCCACGCACCCCGACGGCAGCAAGGUCGAGAAGCUCGCCUUCUUCGACAUGCACCCCGAGGACGAUGCCGCUGGUGGUUCGCUCGAGUUCGUUGGCACCUGGGGCAACUUCCAGUUCCCUUCUGGCUACAUUGUCGUCAACACGUUUGAGCGCGGUGCCUACGUCCUGCGCGUGGCCAGCGGUCCUGGUCGCGACGGCGGCAAGGGUUUUGGUGGCAAGUCGGAGUAG